CAAACAGAGAGCCAGCUGGCAGAAACCGAGCGGUGCCACUGCACUGCUAUUGCUUCCAACCCCCAAAUCCAGAUUAUUACUAAAAAAAUGUCUUUUUUAAUUUCAUAUAUCUCUGAUCCUGCAUUAAUUUGCCUGCUGUGUGCAACAGUAUUAUUAGCCGUACUCUAUUUUUCAGCUGGCUAUAAAAAUUCAGCUUUUAAAUUUCCUCCUGGUCCAACUCCUCUUCCGAUCAUUGGUAACCUGCACUUGGUGGAUCUUAGAAGGCAAGAUAAAUCACUAAUGAAGCUUGCGGAAAAAUACGGCCCCAUCUUCACCCUCCACUUUGGGUUCCAGAAAGUUGUGGUCCUGACCGGGUACGAAGUUGUGCGGGACGCGCUUGUGAACUACACAGAGGAGUUUGUAGACAGACCAUCCAUCCCAAUAUUUGACCAAAUUCAGAACGGAAACGGUUUGUUCUUCUCCAUCGGGGAGCUGUGGAGAACAACUCGGAGAUUCACCGUGUCCAGCAUGCGCAACCUCGGCAUGGGGAGAAAGAUGCUAGAAGGGAGGAUUUUCGAGGAGCUUCACUUCCUUAUUGAGAUGAUCAAGUCCUUCAAAGGGGAACCUUUUAGCCUGCCGUCCUUCAACUGUGCUCCGAUCAACAUCACCUUCAUCCUGCUCUUCGGGGACAGGUUUGACUACAAGGACCCAACGUUUCUCACUCUCUUAAGACUCAUAGAUGAAGUCAUGAUUCUUCUGGGAUCACCGUAUUUGAACUAUUUCAAUUUCUACCCGUUCCUUGGAUUCCUUUUCAAAACCCACAAGAUUAUGCUUCGGAAAAUAGACGAUGUACGUGCCAUUUUGAGGCAAUACAUGAAGGCAAGCAGGGAGGACAUCAACGAGAACAGCGUCAGGAGCUACAUUGAUGCACUGAUAUUCAAGCAACAAGAGGAGAAAAACAAGAAAGGCAGUCUCUUCCAUGAUGACAACUUAAUAGCAUCCAUACUUGACCUGGUCAUGGCGGGGACGGAGACCAUAGCCACGACGCUCCAGUGGUCCAUCCUGCUGAUGAUGAAAUACCCAGAGAUCCAAAAAAAGGUGCAGGAGGAGAUUGGGAGAAACGUCAAAGCUGGAAGCUGGGCCACGUACGAGGAUCGGAAGAACAUGCCGUUUACCAACGCGGUGCUACACGAAGUGCAGAGGUUUAUCACCCUCCUGCCCCACGUUCCUCGCUGCACUGCUGUCGACACCCACUUCAGGGGCUACUUCCUUCCCAAGGGUAUAAUUGUGAUCCCGUCACUUACCUCAGUGCUGCUGGAUAAGACACAAUGGGAGACACCACAUCAGUUCAACCCCAACCACUUCCUUGAUGCUGAGGGGAAUUUUGUGAAGAGAGAGGCCUUCCUGCCCUUCUCCACAGGGCGGAGGAACUGCAUCGGAGAAAGCCUGGCCAAGAUGGAGCUGUUUGUCUUCUUUGUAGGGUUGCUGCAGACAUUUACUUUUCAACCCCAACCAGGAGUUUCAGAGUCUGAUUUGGACCUCACCGUCCCCCAAACGACUUUCACAUUAAGGCCUCAGCCUCAGGCAACCUGUGCUGUCCUGCGUGAAUGAACACAGCAACACAGCCUUGCUGAAGAGCAACCUAACAAGUGGGGAAGCUGCUUAGACCCAACUUAGCUACGCUAGGACUUGCCACCCCCCAUCUUCCCAUAUAACCCUUGUUCACAUUCCCUUCCCGCGGUCUCCAUCCACUCCCACUCCACCGCUACAUCUGCCCCAUACGUUGCUGGCCCCCUCUUAGCUCCUGUGCUGUGAAGAGGUACAUAUGAUCAAUGAGAAACCGUGAUGGUGGUUGACAAACACACACUUCUUCUCAAGACAGACGGUGCAUGGAGCCAAUGAAAGGACCGAGAAGGUGGUCUGGUGGAGGGGAUGCAGACCAUGAGUAGUAGGUGUGACACCCAGGCUCCCAUGGAGAAGCAGUGAAGUCCAUAAUGUCACAGAAAUCUGCCCAAAAUCCUGCGGAAAGACUCUGUGCCCGAAAUACACUGUGGGUCACACACUUGAACCAUCCAUAGGGACCUCCUGAACUUUUCCAAGCUCUCUAAUUACCUAUAGCUUCUAGCAAAAUCCUACCAGCCUAGGCAGGCAAGUCAAACACUGAGUGAAAAAACACAUCGAUUCAUGUGAUUUGAGGACAAAGUUAUUUCUGCCUUGGAACAGCAUCCUGAAAGAUCCCCAAAGUCUGCAAACCUGUUUAGAUAAGCAAGUGCUGUCACCACCAAGUUCAACACUGCAGAAGUUCACGUGAGACUCCUACCAGCAACCAGUCAUACAAGGCUAAUGAUACAGAAAAUAAAUUAGACCCGUUUCUAGUUUUAUGGAUCUCUGUCUUUCCUGACACUGUUAAAUAGAAGCAAACACUGCUCCUCUCCUCAGACCUCCUGGGUGGUGUGAAGAGCCAACAUGAGCAGUCACUCUGGUAUUCGGGAUGGUCUGGCCAUUGGAACCAGCCGCGCAAUUUCCUUGCAAAUGGUGUCUAAUUUCAGAGGGCUUGUAUUGCAAACACGCGGGGAGAAUUGGGAUCAGGGAUUAGAUAAAACCUGGUUUUGCUUGUUUUCCUUUCCUCUGUAGCUUUAUCUGGCUGUUUGUCUGUCUGUAGCACUCAUCUGCCGUCAUAUUCUGCAAUCUUAUUCCAGUUGAUGUAUAGCCCAGACAAUAUAUCAGCCAUUUAUCUGCCUGUGAAUUGCCACUUCUCCAUAUGCAUUUUCUUAUCAUGUGCUUUAUCAUAUUGUUCGUCUCCCUCUUCAUGGGAACCCAAUAAAGUUUUAAUCCCAUGCCUUCAA